GUGCUUUAUUUGGUAGUCAUUUCCUAGGUCCUUGACACUUGCCAACUAAGUCUCUCGAGCUCCCUGUGCGUCCAUCAGCAGCCAAGAUGCUCGACAGGGAUUGUGCACCAUCGGACUUCGUCAAUUAUCCCUCGCCCAUAGCUUACGAAAUACCAUACCAAUCGCCCAAGCCACCCCAAAAUCCAGCCCUCAAGGGAUUGGCACUUCACUACCUAUCUUCGCUUCUUGCAUCUCUCCCCUUCCUCCAAUCCUUCUUCUGGCACAAUGCGGGCUUUAACACGCUGCGGAAGACGAAGGAACUCGAACACGUCGAGGCGCGAUACGACCCCACCGUAAUUCCCAUUCCGAAGCCUAGUGAUGAGCCAAUUGCGAGCUAUACGAGCGAUUUGAGUAUCCGCGUUCUUCCUAAAGCUGCAAAGGCACGGUUCUAUACAUGUGCGGAUUUCCACGAGGCAUAUAAGACUGGGACAGUUGCACCUAUCGAUGUUGUAGAGGCGCUGCUUCCGCUUGUGCGUAGGGAUGUGGAGAAGAGAACUGUCCAUUCCACCGCAUUUGUUCACUCGAAGGUCGAGCUAGUGAAGAAAGCUGCCGAGGCCUCGACGCAGCGAUACAAGGAGGGAAAGCCGCUUGGGAUGCUGGAUGGAGUGCCGUUUGCGGUCAAGGAUGAAAUGGAUGUCCGGGGAUACCAGAGGUUUGUGGGGACAACGCAUGACUACAAUGAGGGAAAGGAAGUAGAGACAUCGUGGUGUGUCAGGAAGCUUGAGGAGGAAGGCUGCGUGAUGCUGGGGAAGCUGACAAUGCAUGAGCUAGGCCUUGAUACUACAAACAAUAACCCCAAAUGGGGAACUCCUUUGAAUCCAUAUAACUCGUCUUACUACACCGGGGGUUCGUCUGGAGGUGCCGGAUAUGUCAUAGCUCAAGGCCUUGUUCCCUUCGCCAUAGGUUCGGACGGCGGAGGCUCGAUUCGCAUCCCGAGCAACUACUGUGGCAUAUACGGCCUCAAGCCCUCCCAUAGCCGCGUCUCCACCGCCCCCCUUCUUCAAUUCGCAAAUACAACAGUAGUUCAAGGACCUUUGGCCGCCAACAUGACCGAUCUCGAAAUCUCCUACCGCAUUCUUGCCCAACCUGACCCUUCCCAUCCCUUAUCCCGGCAAUUCGAUCCCCCGAAACUACUUUCAACGCCGCGUAAAAAGAUCCUCGGGAUCUGUAAACCCUGGUUCGAUCGCGCAGACCCAGAAGUCAAGGCUGUUUGCCAAGCUGCAAUUGACUACUUUGUCUCUAAACUAAGCUACCAGGUCAUCGACAUCAGCCUCCCACUCAUACACGAAGGCCAAUUAGCCCAUGCCAUGACCAUCCUCUCAGAAUGCGUGACCGCCCAGCCCUCCGUCACCAACCUCACGGCCGCGAACAAAAUACUGCUAAAAGUCGCCGCGCAAACCCCAGCGCGAGACUUCCUCCUCGCCCAGCGUCUCCGCAACCUCCUCAUGCAACAUCUUGCACACCUCUUUACCACCUACCCGGGUCUCAUCAUCGUCACACCUACAACGCCGAAUGCAGGAUGGGCGAUCAAACCGGGAGAUUUGAGUUAUGGGCUGAUGGAUGGUAAUAUGCAGGUCAGGAAUAUGGAAUAUGUCUGGUUGGCUAAUUUCACGGGGAUCCCUUGCAUUAGCUUUCCAAUAGGAUAUGUGGAUGCGAAGCAGGGAGAUGGUAGAGUGCCGAUUGGCCUGAGCGGGAAUGGGGAGUGGGGGUGUGAGGACGCGCUGAUUGAGUUUGGGUAUGAUGGGGAGGCAUGGUUGAAUGAGGGGUUUGAGGGAGGGAGAGCGAGGCCUAGGGAUUGGGUGGAUGUGCUUGGGAGGGAGCUGAGGAGUGGUGGGAGAGGUGAGGAAGUGUUUGGCUAGGUAUAGAGAUGGCGUAAGGGAAAUUUGGAUGUUGGGCUAGGGGAAGGGUGGUGCGAGGUCGCUCUGGCAACAUUUUGGAUCUUGGAG